AGGAGCAGCAACUAUCAAGCCACAAGUGCCCGAGGCGGCCCCAGCGAUGCACGUGUAGGGUGUUGGUGCGUGAGGCGGUGCUCUGGUCGACCCACGUGUGAGGUGUGUGUACGUACCCGAGCACGUGUGUGUGUGUGUGGCCACAUUGAAGCCCCGUGCCUACGUGCUGGGUUCGUCACGGGCGUGCCAACUGGUUGUGCCAAAGCCUUGUCUGUUUGCCGAGUUGCUAAAUGUGGCUGGUGAUGACGGCUGUAGCUGUCAGCGGCGGGGGCCAGCAAGCGCCUUCCCCCACCCUCAUCAUUGUCCUGACCCUCAUGCACCUGUUCUACUGUCAGCACGCGUCAGCUAAGCGCUUAGGAGGCAAUGAUGUUUUCAGCUGUAACGAGGUGGUGGAGGCGUGGCCCGGGGAGGAGGCCGGGGAGUGGCUGGCCAUGAACGGUUCCCUGGUCAGUCCCAACUUUCCCAAGCCUUACCCUGCUCGCCUGCAGUGUCGCGUCCACCUGAAGGCGCCCCACGGAUACCGCGUCCAACUCCUCUUCACCCACUUCCUCCUCUUCCAUCCACUCAAUCUCUCCAACCGCAACUGUGACGCCAUGGACUCCGUCACUAUCACUGACGACUCCCAACACAAGCUGGGCACCUUCUGCGGGCCCGGCCUCCCUUCCCCCAUCAUGUCGUCGGGUCCCCACCUCACCCUCGUCUUCAGGAGCUACACCUCUGGCCCAAACGUUACAGGCUACAGAGCCGUAUACACCUUCCUUAAAAAUUUCGGGAUGAAGACUGGCCGCCAGCUGGACUCCCAGCCAUGUGUCUUCGAGUACAACUCGACUUGCUAUCCCAGAGGCGAGUUCCACAGCCCCAACCCAGGAGGUACCAUAUUAUAUUGGCCAUCUACCUCUUGUGUGUUAUCCCUCUGCUGCACACGAGGCACAUACCCGAGGAACACGGUCUGCCACUAUAUCUUUAGAGGCUGCAACCACCAGAAGGUUAAGGUGAUGUUUAAGUACUUUGAUGUCGAAGGUGUGGCACCGUGCACAGCAGAAAGUGGCAGUGAUUAUGUUGAAUUCAGCAACUUGCCAACCCAAGAUAUACUCCCAAGACGGUGUGGACGCUUUGCUCCCAAGGUAGUGGAAUCGGACGGCCCUUUCUUCCGGGUAACAUUCCAUAGCAACCACAAGUUUGAUGGUAUGGGCUUUGCUGCUACUUUUCAGUUCCUGUCCAUGGAUGAUAACCCCAGUAUCAUCCAGACCCCCUCUCUUACUACUGCUGGUGCAGUUAGCCGGACAACCCAUGUCAUGUGUCCUCAUCCCCAAAUGAAGUCAGCUUUCCAUGAUGGUUAGGUGUUUGCAUGCUACAUUGAUGACAUACACUGUAUUGUAUUUGGCUUGUGUGAAAUGCCACCUCCACCUCAUUUCUCAUCACUGGACAGUUGGGUCUGCCCUGGAGCAGCAGGUAAUGUGUGCACCCAAUUCUCUAGAUUUGACACGUAUACAAUUUUAAGUGAUUUUGCUGAACCAGACAUGUAAGAAUCUACGCAUUACUCUUUACUCAACGUAUUAGAUUAAUUUUGCUAAAAUGCCAACAUUUUUAAGACGUAGUAGAUGGCAUCAAAGUUGGGAUGUAUAAACUGAGGACAGGUUGUGACUAUUGGGGUAAAGUGUGAAUAUUGGUGUGAUCCUGUAAAUCGGUCGGCUGGUGAAUUUCAGCUAGUCAUUGUGUUUUAACUCAUGUCGUGGCUCGUCCCUUUUUUUCGUCAUUUUGCAUUUUAUAACGAUUCAUCUUGUCAGGGACAGGCCGUCUGUGUGUAUAUAUCAAAAUAUAGACCUCUACUUCAAAAGGUCAGAUGUUCAUGUAAGUCUGACCCUAUGAACAAGAGGUGUAGAUAUUGAUCCAGACUACUACUUUAAACAUUAGAUAUAACAUGAACAAUGGGCAAGGGAAUAAAGCUCAACAAAUCGCAAUGUAGGACAAAACGGAUGCUUUUUCACCUAUAGGGUUAUAAAUCCAUGGAACUACCUACCUGCUGAAGUAAUAAUGUCAAAACGCUGGUGCAAUUUAAGAACAGGUCAAAUCAACAGGACAAAAGGGGAAGGGGGACCUUUGACAUGCCACUGGGUUCCUGUCAUCAUGUAGGCCACAAGAGAGAUAGUGACCCCUCAGGUAAAUUCAGGUAAAUAUAUUUUAGGCAUAUUUCGAGGUCCCCCCAAGGUUGAAUUACUAACCCUCCUUAGGAUGCAACCCUACAAGAAGCUAACUACUGGCUACCGUUUUACUGCUGGGUGACCAGAGGCAUUAGGUGAUCAAACAUGUUUGGGUAAGUUUCCUGCACGUCCAGGAUUCAAACCCAGAAUUCCUGAUUGAGAGUAGAGAAUGAACCCAGCUGUAGUACCGAGACCCUGCCAAGUCAUCCUAAGCACCGCUUGCUGCACUCACAUCUUGCAAAUAUUUCUCCCUGUACAUCCUGAUGUACAAUUAUUACAUUAAACUAUUUUGGUAAGAAUACAACAACAAAAAUCUUGCUGUAAAUAUUUAUUUUAGUAACUUGCUGAUGGAAACAUGGAAUGCAUCCCAAGCUUCACAGUUUCUGGCUUUCACUUAUGUUACAGAUAUUUCCAACAGCUAUAACAUUACUUCAUUUUAAAGCAUACAUAAGAAAGCAUUACUAUUGAAUAGUUCAACAAACUAUUUCGGUAUUUUUCUUAAAAUUAGACAUGUUCUUUUAAAUAUGCUCCUAUUUAAUGCUUCAAGAAUAACCCGAGAUCAUAGGCAAUCUUUGUGUGUAUACUGUACUGUAAAUCUACAAUAUCACAAUGUAAUAUGUAUCCCAAAUGGAUCCAUCUAGUACAGUAAUGGUCAUGUUCAUUACCAAAAUUAUUUACAGUAACUAUACAAUUUGGCAAAAUGUGCAUCCCUAUAAAAACUUCACAUGUGCAUACAAACAAGAUCAUGUGAAAAUGUCUACAAAUAUUUAAAAGAUGUUAACACACUUACCUAUUUCAUAAAGUGACAUACCUAAAAUGCAUAGUAUAACCUCUUACACUUUUCUUCAAAGAAUUACCAAACCAAUCUCUUCAUUCAUGUCACACAUGUACGAUAAAAGGAACAUAUUACACCAAUUUUGUUGAGAAGCUAUUAUAUACAUCAGACCAAAGACAUACAUUACUGAAAAUAAAAAUGAUAAAACAAAUUGCUGGACAAAAGCAAUUGUUAAAACACAUUUGGAGUGGCAGCUAAGCUAGCUAGAUGAAACUUUACAUGUCUGAUGGUGAAAUUUAUAUUGUUUAGAUGUUACUAAAGGUUGCUUUUUAGCAGCAAUUAUUUUUCUAAUGAUACCAAAACAAUUACCUCUGACAAUUAAAGUGGUGAACUUUCUAGCUAUUACUUUCAAGCAAAUUUUAUCGUAAGACAUUUUGAUUUAACAGAUUCAAGUGUAACUACAUAUUGUUCAACUUUAGAGACAUUCCCACCAAUCAUAGAUUGUACAUGCCUUAGGUGCAAUGAUAUUACACCUGCUUACUUCACUGUUAGAUAUAGUUACUUUGCUUAACCACUGCAUUGUGCACCGUACCUUGAGGCUCUCAACAGGUGGUGCACAACGUGCCUCGGGGAUCUUGUAGGUAUAGCGCAUCAUUCAAAACUUCCACAGCCAUGCGGCGUUCACAUCAGCUUCCUCAGGCUUUCCUAAACAGACCCCAUUUAAAAAAAUCGUGGGCAACAUUCCUGGGUGUGAGAGCCCCAGUACUGAGUAAGCAACCAAGGCUGGCGCAUGCAGCAUGAGCUAACAGCAUUGCUGUUCAGCUUUUGACCACAAUAUUCCAAAAAAUCUCCAAAUAUACACUAUAUGUAUCUGGUAUUAUUUAGCCAUGAUAGUAUUACAGAAAAGCCUGACUGCGAUAACGACUGCGUAAAAUGUUCAGAUAUAGGUGAAUGAAUGCUGUUCAAGAAGUUCAGAGCGCUAGCCACAGCACACUGCCAUUAAUUAUUUCAUCCAUCUAAAAUUCUUCAAACGAUUUCUCAUGUUCCUUUACGAAAUAAACAUGUGGAAAAUUAUUCAUUUACAUGAUUUAAUGACCAGGAUUCUGAGAAUAGCAGGAUUGUGGUGAGGAUUAGUGGGAGGAGUACUGUUGGUGAGGGUGGGAGGGUCGAGGUAGUGUCGUCUGCUGGCUGGUGUGUGGCAACAUGUUAUUGUCUGUAAUAACAAUACUAGCUUAGUGGUUUGCUAUGGUGAACACAAAUGUAGAUGCUUAUAUAUAAUGUGUGUAUAGUGUAAUAACAGCAAAAGGCUUAUGUUGGGGGAGGAGCCAUUUAGGUGAGGGAGUGAGUGAGGCUGUUGUCUGCUGUGUGACUUGUCAUGCAGUGGCCACUAUGCUGUUUGGACACUAUACCAGCUUAUUAGUAUAGUUAUGGUGAAUAAAGCAUGUAGUUACUAUGUGUGUACAUAGUGUAAUAACAUCACAAACAGUAUUGUGGGAGGAGUAAUGUUGGCAAGUUAGGUGUUGAAGGAGUGAGGGAGGGCUGGCUGGGUGUGGCAGCCCUCUCUUGUUUUUGGAGCUCACCAUACCAACAUAGUGGUUUGCUAUG